UGGUUAGCACUUUGUUCUACAUCGGCAUUACAAACUUCUAAUAACAGCAACAGCUAAUAUAAUUUUAAUGUCAAUUCUGCAUUCCAUUGUUUAUGUUGGAUCUGUUUUUUAAUAUGUUUGUUUACAUAUACUGCUGCCUGUGUAUUGCUGUUGGUUCCACAACUGUUUUUAGCCUAGAAUGUCAAAUCGUAGAAAACACUCCGGUACUCGUCUUCAAUGCCAGCUGCUGGGGCGUUGCAGUGCGCAUGUCUAUUAAAUCCUCAGUUGCACUUCUUAAUCUAAACAUUUCGUCGAGUGAGCACUGCAACUUCAUUGCGUUCUUAAUGUUGAACCAGAGUAAACCGAAGUGUAAACAAAAGUUUUUUAGAAGAAUGUCUAAAGAAAAAAAUAAAUCAAACGAUGGUUGGUUCGAAACCAUAUUUGGGCGACCAAAAGUUCGAGCCAGUGGUUAUAAUCACAAUGCGAUUUCUGGACGUCCUACAUCAACAGAUGGCGAUGCGUACGAUUUACAGGAAUUGGAGAAUAAUAUACGCGGUCUUACCGAUUCUGAAGUAGACAUCAAAUUCAUGGAAAUUCUGGAGGACAUGAAUAUUCCCAAGGACAAGCGUGAACCAUUGCUAUCCAAGCCACUGCAGGAAAGGCGACAAAUGAUCUUUAUGCAUCUAAAAGGUAAAAAUUCUAUGGAACACCGCGGAAAUUCUCGAUUUGAAAAACCACAAGACUACAUUGAUUAUAUAAAAAAUAGUGCAGAACACAGUGAAAAUAAAGUAUAUCAAUGUGUAGAAAGUUUGCGUGUAGCAUUAACUAGCAAUCCAAUAUCAUGGAUUAAAGAUUUUGGAGAAAAUGGAAUUGACGAAGUGAUGAAUUUGCUCGGAAGAUGUAGAAAAGAACGUCAUGAACGAAUCGAAUUCGAAUGUAUACGAUGUCUUACGGCUUUCAUGAAUAAUACAUGGGGUCUCAAUGUAGUACUUAUGCCAGAUCAACAUUCAGUUGUACUGCUUCUAGCACAGUGUUUAGAUCCUAAAAAGCCUUAUACUAUGUGUGAAGCCGUAAAACUUUUGGCAUCCUUUUGCAUUGUCCCUGAACGAAAUGGUUACGAAAAAGUCUUGCGUGCUAUAACUACAGCAGCAUCAGCAACGUAUAAAUCUAGCGAGCGUUUUCGUCCCAUUGUCGACGCACUGUUUGUGCCAGAAGCGUUGGACUCAAAACGUGAUUUGGCGUGUCACUGUUUGAUUUUUAUAAACACCCUAACGAAUACGCCAAGUGAUCUUAAUGUUCGAUUACAUCUUAGAUGUGAAAUAAUGCGUAUGGGCUUAAAUGAUAAAUUUGAACAAUUCAAACAGAUUGUGGAAACUAGCAACAAUGAUGAUUUGAAAAAGCACUUUAGAAUAUUUAAUGAAAUACGUGAAGAUGAUUUCGAAGAAUUUAUACAACGAUUUGAUAAUGUAAUAUUUAAUGUAGAUGAUUUAUCGGACUGUUUUGAGGUGCUAAAGAAUCUUGUCACAGAUACAAAUUCUGAACCUUACUUUUUAUCAAUAUUGCAACAUUUACUUUACAUUCGAGAUGAUUAUUACUUUCAACCUGCCUACUACCAAUUAAUUGAAGAAUGUAUAUCACAAAUUGUAUUCCAUAAAGCUUAUUGUGAUCCUAGUUUUGAAAAUCGUAAUUUUAACAUUGAUCCCUCAUUAGUAUUGGAUGAAAUUGUUGAAAAAACAAAAGCUAAAGAAUCUAAGCGCUCGGAAGAACUUGAAAAGAAAGUUGAGGAACUUGUUAGUGCUAAACAAGAGGCAGAGGCUAAGGUAGCACAUCUAGAGGAGAAGGUUAGGCUGAUGGAGGAAAAAGGUGUUAUAGCUCAAUCGCCAAACAAAUUGCCGAAAAUAAAUAUACCGCUACCGCCAUCAGGUACAGGGCCAUCAGCUCCAGGUCCACCACCUCCGCCUCCUCCACCUAUGCCAGGCAUGGGCGGUCCUCCGCCGCCACCUCCUCCAAUGCCUGGUAUGGGUGGUGCUCCUCCACCGCCACCAAUGCCUGGAAUGGGCGGCCCGCCCCCACCACCAAUGCCUGGUAUGGGUGGUCCUCCUCCACCACCAAUGCCUGGCAUGGGCGGACCACGGCCACCACCAAUGUUAAUUCCUGCUGCGCCUGUUUUGCCUUACGGAAUGCAACCGAAAAAGAAAUGGGAAGUUAAUACUCCAAUGAAACGCGCUAAUUGGCAAACUAUAGCUCCGCAAAAUAUGUCAGAACAAGCAUUUUGGAUAAAUUGUAAAGAAGAUCAACUCGCGUCUGACGAUUUCUUAACUGAACUGUCUGUUAAAUUCGCUUCGAAACCUGCGAAGAAAGACCAAAAAGACGCAGUUGAUAAACCAACUACACUAACAAAGAAAAAUGUUGAUCUGCGUGUAUUGGACUCCAGAUCAGCACAAAAUCUUUUGAUACUUCUCGGUGGAUCAUUGAAACAAUUGUCACAUGAUCAAAUAAAACUUUGUCUACUACGAUGUGACACUGAUAUUCUCUCGUCGAACAUCUUGACACAACUAAUACAAUAUUUGCCACCACCAGAUCAACUCAAACGUUUACAGGAAAUAAAAGCUAAAGGCGAGCCGUUAUCAUCUAUUGAACAGUUCGCAGCUACAAUUGCUGAAAUAAAACGUUUGUCUCCACGUUUGCACAAUCUUAACUUUAAGCUAGCUUUUGCUGAUAUGGUGCAGGAUAUAAAACCAGACAUUGUUGCAGGCACCGCUGCGUGCGAUGAAGUGCGGAAUAGCAAAAAGUUUUCUGAAAUACUUAGGCUUAUCUUACUUGUCGGCAAUUAUAUGAAUUCGGGCUCUAAAAAUGGUGUUGCUUUUGGUUUUCAAAUUUCAUAUCUCACAAAACUUUCCAACACAAAGGAUACAGACAAUAAAUGCACUUUAUUGCAUUAUAUAGCUGAAGUAGUUGAAAAGAAAUUUCCAGAAUGUCUUACAUUUUAUAAUGAUAUGACGCACGUUGACAGGGCAUCCCGUGUCAAUUUAGAAGCAAUACAAAAAUCAAUGCAACAAAUUAACUCUGCUGUCAAGAAUUUGGAAACUGACUUACAAAAUAACAAAGUACCACAAUGUGAAGAUGAUCGCUUCAAUGAGGUAAUGGAAAAAUUUGCUGCUGAUUGUCGACAACAAGUCGAUGUUUUAGGUAAAAUGCAAAUCAAAAUGGAAAAAUUAUAUAAAGACUUAAGCGAAUACUUUUCCUUUGAUCCGAAUAAAUACACAAUGGAAGAAUUCUUUGCGGACAUUAAAGCGUUUAAGGAUCAAUUCUUGCAAGCUCAUCAGGAAAUUAUACGACACCGCGAAGAAGAAGAGAAAAAGCGUAGAAUACAAGAAGCGCGAGAACAAUCUUUACGUGAACAAAAUGAAAGACAGCGACAAAAACUGGCACUUGUUGAUAUGGAUGCGGCACAUACCCAAGAAGGUGUUAUGGACAGUUUGUUAGAAGCUCUACAAAAUGGUUCCGCUUUUGGUAAUCGCAUGCAUCGUCAAAGAAGACAACGCGCUGAGGGCGCAGAAAGACGUGCACAACUCAGUCGUAGUCGUUCCAGAACUCGAAACACACCACAUUUGCUAGUGACAAGAGAAAUGCUGUCGAAUGAAGCGUUAACCGAUUCGCAUAACAUAGAAAAACGUCGCCUUCCUUAGCAUUUUGUCUUUAUAUAUUUAAAUAUAUAUUAUAAUAAGUUCUAUUACAUUUAUAUAUAUUAAAAUUUUAUUCAUACAAUUAUUAAAACUUAAACUAAAAGCAUAAGCAAAAGCAAAAGCAAAUUUAAAAACUAUAAGUAAUUAUGAGAAUUUUAUAAUGAGAAUAUUCUUCUUACAACGAACUUUGAAAUUAACCUGAAUAGUAUAAUGUAAACUCAUUGUCACAUGAACUAUUUGCGCACAGCAUGAAAGCAUUUCAAUUUUUAUAGUAAUUUUAUAGUAAUUAUUUUGUAUUAUUAGUGUCACAAACCUAUAACUACGCUUUAAUUGAAAUGGAAUACUUUUAUGUGAUUUCAAUGCUUUUUUAAUCUUUAUUUAAUAUAAAUUUGUUGAAUUUUUGUAUAAAUAAAAACCUGUUACAUUCAAUUAGUAUAUUACGCAAAAUAAAUAUUUUUAUUAAGGCAAUAAAAU